CUGGAACUACUGGAACCCGCGGCCCGACGCUGGAGGGACCCAGCGGAGCACAGCAUGCUGGGGGUUGUAGUGCCAGCCCUCUCCCCUCGGUGGUGGUGGAUGUGACGCACAGGAUGCACCAAGACUACAAGAGCCACAAUGCAGCGCGCAGAGGCUGCACAAGAGGGGGAGUUAAAGAGAAAAGAAAUAUAGUUGUUGGUGUGAAAAAUAAAUGGGGCUUAAUUUCCAACCGGAGUCUCCUGCCAGACUGUAAAGUAUUUUAAAGAUUGGUGACAGCACCUUCUGGACGAUCAUCAAACAUCAAAUGCUUUCAAUUGGAUAGAUAAAAGAUAUACCAGCCAUGGCUGGAUCUUUGCUUCGUCCUGACAGAAGUGCAAGUGGUACAGAGAGCUGGGUACCAAAUGCCACAAUGCUGACCUCCCAGUUGCACGCAGCUGCAGUCAAUGGAGACAAGUGUGCACUGCACAAGCUCAUAGCAGCAAAUCCAGGCUUAAAGGAGACAGAGGACCAAUUUGGCCGGACUCCACUGAUGUAUUGUGUGCUUGCUGACAGAUUGGACUGUGCUGAAGCACUCCUUAAGGCUGGAGCUAAUGUCAACAAAGCAGAUCGCAGCCAGAGGACAGCUUUACAUCUUGCAGCACAAAAGGGAAAUUAUCGCUUUAUGAAGUUAUUACUUGGACGGCGUGCAAAUUGGAUGCAGAAGGAUCUUGAGGAGAUGACUCCACUUCAUUUAGCUACUCGGCACAAAAAUCCCAAGUGUUUGGCUUUGCUGCUGAAAUUUAUGGCCCCAGGAGAAGUGGACACCCAAGAUAAAAACAAGCAAACAGCACUGCACUGGAGUGCCUACUACAAUCAUCCAGAGCAUGUGAAGUUGCUGAUAAAGCAUGAUUCCAAUAUAGGCAUUCCCGAUAUUGAAGGCAAAAUACCACUUCAUUGGGCUGCCAGCAACAAAGAAACCACAGCUAUUCAUACAGUGAAAUGCAUUCUGGAGGCAGCUCCCACUGAAUCAUUGCUGAACUGGCAGGAUUAUGAAGGGCGAACACCACUACACUUUGCUGUUGCUGAAGGAAAUGAAGCUGUGGUUGAUGUAUUGACGUUGUAUGAAGGAUGCAAUAUAACAUCUUACGAUAAUUUAUUUCGAACUCCUCUACACUGGGCAGCUUUAUUGGGUCAUGCACAAAUAGGAUAUCUUCUAUUGGAAAGAAAUAAGUCGGGUACCAUUCCAUCAGAUAGCCAAGGAGCCACCCCGCUGCAUUAUGCUGCUCAGAGCAAUUUUGGGGAGACCGUCGAAGUAUUCUUGAACCAUCCAUCUGUGAAAGAUGACCCAGAUUUGGAAGGGCGCACUGCAUUCAUGUGGGCUGCUGGAAAAGGCAGUGACGAUGUGCUCCAAACCAUGCUAAGAGUUAAAUCGGACAUUGACAUCAACAUGGCAGAUAAAUAUGGUGGAACAGCUCUGCACGCCGCAGUCCUUGCGGGUCAUGUCAGCACACUGAAGCUGUUGUUGGAAUAUGGGGCACAGGUAGAUGCCAUGGAUGUGAUGAAACACACACCACUUUUCCGGGCUUGUGAGAUGGGCCAUAAGGAGGUGAUCCAGACACUCAUUGAAGGAGGUGGCAGAAUGGAUUUGAUUGACCAAGAUGGACACAGCCCUUUACACUGGGCUGCCCUUGGAGGAAAUGCAGAUGUAUGUCAGAUCCUGAUUCAGAAUCAGAUCAACCCUAAUGUGCAAGAUUUUGCUGGGAGAACCCCUUUGCAGUGUGCUGCAUAUGGAGGCUACAUCAACUGUAUGGCAGUGCUCAUGGAAAACAAAGCUGAUCCCAAUAUACAAGACAAAGAGGGACGAACGGCGCUUCAUUGGUCUUGCAACAAUGGUUAUCUGGAUGCCGUUAAGCUUUUGUUGGGCUAUAAUGCAUUUCCUAAUCACAUGGAGACAAAUGAAGAAAGGUUCACUCCACUUGACUAUGCCUUGCUUGGAGAACAUCAAGAGGUAAUCCAGUAUAUGCUGGAACAUGGAGCACUGUCUAUUGCUGCAAUUCAGGACAUUGCUGCUUCCAAAGUCCAGGCUGUUUAUAAAGGUUACAUGGUUCGUAAGGCUUUCCAGGAACGAAAGAAUCUUCUCAUGAAACAUGAACAACUUCGAAAAGAUGCUGCCAAGAAACGUGAGGAAGAGAAUAAAAGGAGGGAAGCAGAGUUUCAAAAGGAAAAGAAGCUGGAAUCCGAGUUAAAUGUACAACAAAAAAUUGGAAAAUUUAACUGUCAUAUUGAAGAUGUAUAUUCAACAAAUGAAGCAUGCUCUGCCACAGCCACCAUUUCAGAGGACCAAGUGGAGCAGAAAGUUAGUGAGGAUUCGAGAAGGCCAUGUAAAAGCAGAUCUGAAGAGAAACUUUGGAGGAAUAUAGACACCAUUCAGAGUCUCCCUCCACCUGCUGGAACCGGAAAAAGACAGCUUAAAAGGAGAAAAGAUCUUAACAGAAAAAAUUCCAAAAAUAAUAACCACAGCGAUCAACUGCAGUUCAGUGAAGAAAGUGCCUCAGGUGAACCACAUGCUUCCAGACAACUCGUGCCUUCAGAAAGAAAUGAUAGAACUGACAUUGAUAAAAAGAUUCCUGAAAUAAACAACGGAAUCAGUGGCGGUCAGUCAAAGCCUGCUGUCCUUCGCUCAGCCAGUACAACCAAAAACCUAAUGAAGCAGCAGAGUGCAUCUCUAUUACUUUGCAGCAGACAUCAUAAAAUUAAAUCUGACAGUGAGGAGACAGGACGAGGACUGAAGAGUGGUCGAUUCUCACCUGCUGGCUCAAGCCGACCUGGAAGUGCCAAACCUAUUGUAAGCAAUAUUGAUAAAACUGGCCAUAUUGGCAGCCAUGUCCCUGAGAGCAUCACUCCUGUUUUGCAUCCUCCAAAUUCCCCGAAAUCUAAAAUGACCAAUUCUUUAGCAACAGCUGGAAAACAUAAUACUAUUGAAAAGGCACCUCAGGACACGACUGGAAUUCCUCGAUCUCCUAGCUCUGAAAACUCUUCAUGCACUCCCAGGAGUCAUCAAAGUUCUGAUAUUCUUCUUAUUCCAUUGGAAAUCCGAGUACAAAUAGUGGAAAAGGAAAGACUCAGGAAAGAGCUUUUUCGAAAGAAGAAUAGUGCAGCAACAGUAAUCCAGCGAGCCUGGAGAAGUUACAGGAUACGUAAGGGGUUGCUCCUGCUCUUUCAUUGGCGACGUCAGAAUGGGGACAAUGUUGAUGAGAUAUGGAAGCAGGAGAUGGCUGCCUUCACCAUCCAAGUAGCCUGGAGGAGGUUUCUCAGUGGCAGUAUCCAGAAUGUUAUUUCCUGCAAAAGCCACCAAACAUUUAGCCCCGGGAAUUCAAAUGUUAGGACAACGAAGCAGCAAUCAGUAUUAAAGCAAAUUUAUGGGAAACCUCGGGAAGAAAAAGGGCACAAUUCACAACGAUCAUUCCCUCUUAGAAACAGUCAAGUAUCUGUCCGGAGAGCCUCAGGACCCCCUGUGAAAGGUGUGUUUCGAAGAGUCAGAUCAGCAUGCAGUACAUCCCUCAGUUCCAGGAAUCAUUCCCAGGUUAUGUUUGGCUUGACUUCCUUCAGUGGGAAUUCUCACUUGAGUACAUUUCAAAGUGUUCAGCUCCUGGGAAACACUAGAAAUUCUAAACAGUUCUCCUACAACAUGCGACCGCACACAUCAAGUGUGGCACAUCGAACAAGAUCUGAAGAAUAAUGUGGCAAUGCAGGAUUGCUAACAUAGCAGACGCUGUGAGAAUGGCCAUUUCAACUCUUUUAACUGCAUGGAUAUUCCUAAAGAAAAAUAAGAUACGAAACAUGCUUUUCUGGACUUUUCUCAGAAGCUUGCUAAUAUAAAGACUGUAUUUCGGGAGACAUGUUUAAGGAAACUCCACGUUUAGGAUAUAAAUUACCAAUUAUACGUAAGAAAACAAAAACUGCCAUUUUCAUAGAUCAACUGGUUGGAGCCACAGAAGUUGGACCACAGAAGUCAGCCAUUCAUUCCAUUGUUCCUGUGAAAACAAUCUGAUAUACCUAUCUAUUCCCAUUAUCCUGCUCUUCUCCCAUCCCAUUUAAAUGAUUUCAGAAAUGUGCCUACUUCCCUCUUUAGGGAAGACUGUUUAGAGUGUGCAAGCCAUUACAGAAUACAUAACAUUAUGGGGAAACUACAUGAGCUCACUGCAAUAACAACAAAGAAAAACUCAGACCCAAUUCCAUGUACAUUAUCUAUAUGGUUCGAUAAUGUACUGCCAAAUGAGAUAGAAUGGGAUUUUUAUAUGUAUCACAUAAUAUAAACUAAAUAAAUCACUAUCAAGCACCAGCUAUAACUGUCAUGUUUGUGGAAAGAAAUCCAAAUAUAGAAAAUUGGUUAUGAUGCAGCAAACAGCAAAAGUACAUUGCACAUCGUACCAGAUUUAUUCUGUGUUUAUGCUCCAUUUCAUCUCAGCUUAACAACGUGGAGAAAACCAUAUUGUUAACCACUUAAACAAGGUUUUGAAUCAAAAAUGUAAUAUUACAGACGUUAUUUUUGUAAUUUUAUUAAAUGUAUAUACUUGUCAAUAAAGUUUUUAAUUAUUAUUGUU